AUGGGUAAUUGUCCAACAACGCCAAGUGAGUUUGCUUCGAGCAGUCUUGAUCCAUUGUGUAAUGGUGAACGAAUGUGGACAACAUUUUUGUUCUCAUCAUUAUUUACACUUUUUGGCGGAUGGUUUAUAAUUCUUAUAUAUGAUUUUAUGAAAAUGUUACUCAUAAAACGACGUCGAUCCAGAUUUAUUGCAACAUGUAAACAUUACAGCCGUGUGAAUGAAUUUUCUAUAAGACGACAGAGUUUACCAUGGACAGCUCCUGAUCGAGGAAAUGAAGAAUUAAGUGAAGAUUACUUUAGUUGGUUACAAGCAAUUAAAGAAUGGGAAAAUAAUCUAAUAUCAGGUCAAACAAAAAUGGGAAAAACAUUGGUUGGAGUCGUAUUCAUUUGUAGUAUUGCAUCAUUAAUACUCUAUUUUGUCGAUACAAAAAAUGCGUACAUUGAAUCAUGUACUGAAUUUAGUAAAUCUUUCACAAUGCAAGCUGACCUUGGUCUUAAUGUUCUUUUCUUGGUUUAUUUUUUUCUUCGAUUUACUGCUUCACAACAUAAACGACGAUUUUGGUUUAGUUUAUAUUCAAUUGUUGAUAUGUUUACUAUUCCACCAUCAUUUGUUGCCUUAUAUCUUAAUCGAAAUUGGAUAGGCUUUCGAUUUCUUCGAGCAAUACGUAUUAUGAAUACUCCAGAUAUUCUUCAAUAUAUGGGUUUAAUUGAACGACCACGAACUAUACGUAUUGUCCAAUUAGCAUCCCGGUUUAUUGCUGUUUGGGUUGCCGCUGCUGGUGCAGUCCAUUUAGCCGAAAAUUCAGGAGAUUUUUUCUGUAAUUUUCAAAAUGCUCAAGAAUUAGAUGUAUUUAAUGCAAUUUAUUUUAUGAUUGUUACAAUGACAACAGUUGGUUAUGGAGAUGUUUUUUGUAAGACAUAUAUUGGAAAACUCUUCAUGCUUAUGUUUCUAAUCGGUGGAUUGGCAUUUUUUGCAACAAUGAUUCCAGAAUUUUCGAGUUUGUUUGGAUCAACUGGACAAUAUUCCGGUCGUUAUCGAAUUGUAAAAGGCAAACAACAUGUCAUAAUCUGUGGUCAUAUCACACCUCAUUCAAUGACAACAUUUCUACGUGAUUUUUUACAUAAAGAUCGUGAUCAAGCUGAAGAACUUGAUAUUGUUAUAAUAAAUAAAAAAACACCGGAAAUCGAAAUGGAAGCAUUAUUAAAACGGUAUUAUACGAAAGUACAAUAUUUUGUUGGAACUGUAAUGAAUGUUGCUGAUUUACAUCGAAUUCAAGUUAAUAAAGCAACAGCAUGUUUAAUAAUUGCUGAUAAAGAAUGUCCAGAUCCAGAUGGUGAUGAUUCAGCAAAUAUAAUGCGAGUAAUUAGUUUAAAAAAUUUUAAUCAACGUAUUCGAGUUUUAUUACAAUUGCUUCAAUAUAAAAAUAAAAUGAAUGUUGCUUCAAUACCAGGUUGGAGUUCAAAAGAUGGUGAUGAAAUAAUCUGUAUUGCUGAAUUAAAACUUGGUUUAAUUGGAAUGUCUUGUGCUGUACCAGGAUUUUGUACAAUGAUGACAAAUAUUUUUCGAAUGUCAGCAUAUAAAACUCGUCAAUCACAAGAAUUGACUCAAGCUUGGCAUUGGCGUGAAUUGUAUCAUCGAGGUGCAGCUAUGGAAAUGUAUCUUGAAGAAUUACCACGUUCAUUCCAAGGAAAAACAUUUAUCGAAGCAGCUUUAAUUUGUUUUAAACUUCGAGUUAUGUUAUUAGCUGUUGAAAUCAAACAUGUAGAUGAUAAUGGAAAUACAAGAUUAAUUGUUGAAGUUGCACCAAAAGAUGAUUGUAUUAUUCUUAGUGGUACACGUGCUUUUAUGGUUUGUAGUUCAAGUGAAGAUGCCAAAAGAGUGAAAUUUUAUUGUGCUGUUUGUUAUCCAAAUGUCGAUCAAUUAACAGUAGCACAGUUAAAACGAAUGAGAAGAUGUCGUCAUACGAUUGUUGCUGAUGAUGUUGCCCCAAUGGAAACACUUGCAGAAAGUCAACUUUCAAUCGGAAAAGAAAAAUCUAAAAAUAAUAUUGUGCGUUUACUUGAAGGGGAUGUUCGUCGUCCUUUACUUAUAUGUCAGUCAGAACCAACAGAUACAGUUUCAUUAACACAUAGUGAACCACCUACGGAUGAAAAUAUGUCGAGCUUUGAUUCGACUGGAAUGUUUUAUUUUGUACCACCACGACGUAUUGAAGAAGCAGUUCUCCAUAUGGAAUCACUUCGUGAACGUCGUCUUGCAUUUCGUCGACAGAAUACAGUAAAAGAUGGUAAACCAUUCGAUUAUCAACGAUCACACUUCGUACCACCGACACAUCCAGUUCGUUUUCAAGAUCAUGUUAUUGUGUGUCUUCAUGCUGAUCAUUCAUCACCUACAAUUGGUUUACGAAAUUUUGUUAUGCCUCUUCGUGCUAGUUCAUUUCAUCGUAAUGAAUUACCAAUAAUUAUAUUUGUUACAGAUCUUGAUUAUAUUAAACAUGAAUGGGAUAUGAUUGCAACAUUUCCUGAUAUCUAUAUUCUUAAUGGUUCGCCAAGUAAUCCAUAUAAUUUACAAUUAAUAUGUAUUCAAGAUUGUCGUCAAUGUGUUAUUAUAUCAACAUUAGAUCGUGAUAAUCAAGAUACAUAUUUAGUUGAUAAAUCAUCUGUACUUUGUACAUUAAAUAUACGACAAAUAGAAAUGAAAUCAGCUGGAUUUGUUUCAGUGAUGAAUUUAACUGGACAAAGUACACUUGAUAUGCAUACAAAUCAAACUAUGGCUUUACUUCAAAAUAAAAUUCGAACAUUAACAACAUUAACAAUUGAUUCAAAUGUUCAAUAUGUUGAACAAGGUGAUACUGAUGAAGUUGAUUUAGAAUUCUAUUUAACAACACCAUUUGCAUCUGGUGCUGCAUUUGCUGAUAGUGUUCUUGAUUGUAUUUUAAGUUGUGCUUAUUACAAUGAUAAUGCGGUUAAUUUACUUCGAAAUAUUUUAACGGGUGGUGUUGAUGUACAAUUAGAAGAAAUUUUAGCUGAAGGUGGUGGUUUUACACAAUGUGAAUCAACAGAUAUAUUAAAAAAACGAAAUCGUGCUCGAGUUGCUGUUUUAGAAAUUCGAGAAUUAAUACCAGAUAUUGAUAUACGAACAACUCCAGUUACUUUUAGUGUGUUAUUUUGUGAAGCUAUUCAGCGUUAUCAGAUGAUUGUUAUGGGUAUUUAUCGUUUAUUAGAUGUACUUCUUCGAAAUGAUCCAACAGCUAAUAUCAAUCGUUUAACUGGUGGUCAUAAACGUAUUGUUCUCUGUUAUCCACCCUAUAACUAUCAUAUGGAUCCAUCGGAUAUGAUUUAUGUAAUGCAACAAUCUCGACCGCAUAAUGAUCAAUUUUCACGACAAAACUCUGAAUCUAUCUCGCAAAUUCGAUAA